GCCGUGCAAAAUAUGGGGGCGCGCUCUUUAUGGCAGGUCUCAGAAGAGGGGGAGCAGCAGCGCACGAGCGCGCCGUCGUUGUCAGGGACGGACGGGGUACAGCUGGGAAAAACACAUCCGCACGCACGCACACCCCCGUCUCCGUUACGCACGUACAUAAGGCAAAAACAAAAGCGACUCUAAAGGAGGAGAGAGCGGAGCGCGAGCAUGCGGCGAGGAGCAGGCGCUGCAGCAGACCUUUGUUUGUUUCCUGGAAACCCUGGAGCGCGAGAGAAUAAAAUGGAGUGGUAAGGGGCUCCGAGGCGCGAGAGGCGCGUCCACCUGCUGCUACCGGGAGGCAGUCAGAGAGGGCAAACAUGCUGAGAGCGCUGCAUUGAAGGGGGUUACGAAAAAACAACAUUCUGCACGCCGAGCGAUCAAACGGAGUCUUAAGAGCGGGCGGGACGGGUGUAACGGGAGGCUGGACAGUUGUAAUUAUGUUAGUGAGAGUGAGAUUCAGUUCAGAUUGAUGGAUGUUCUACAGGAGUCCCGAUUCUCAGGGGCAGAUCGCAGCCCCUGCCCAAGAGAUGCUAGUGAAAAUGAAUCACAUGACCCAUUGACAGAUGUUUCACAUGAUCUAAGGCGCUGUGAUGACAUUGCUCCUGUGGCGCUGUCCCUGCCCUCCCUCUGUGGCCAGAGUCAGCCCUCUGAAGGUCCUCUUAGCCCAGCUGACCUGCAUGAUGGGUCUGUCUCCAACACCACCUCUCUGUCCUCUCUUUCUUCAUUCUCCUCUCUUUCCUCCCUUUCAUCUCUCUCUUCUGUGCCCUGUUCCAAACCUGUGACGCCCUGGUCUGUGCCGCAGACCUGUGACAGGUCGUCCCUCUCUAACAUGGACUCCAGGGGCGGAGACUGCCUUAGCUGUCUGAUCCCCAAAAAUCAGACAGAACCGGAAUCCUGUGAGUCCGUACUCGGCUUUGCCAGCAUCAAUUUGCAAUGCCUUGGCCCUGCCCCCAGCGCAGGUCGCUAUGGUGACCAGGUUCUAUCUGACCAGCUGCUCAGCGGCCCCGCCCAUCCAGCUGUAACCAAUGAGGGGGCUGAAGAAGGGAGGUCGAUGCAGGAGAGCGAAUCAGAUGAGGAUCCUGCAUCCAGGAGCAUAUACGAAGGUCUUGGAGAGGAGGCACAGGACUGGAGCUGUCUAGAGACUCUCAUCAGUGAGAGUCGUAUGGAGCUGUUGGACUUAUGCUCCCGCAGUGAACUUGCAGUCAAUCUGUUCUGUGAGGAAGAUGUGGAGAAUUACAUGUUUCAGGAGGAGGAGACAGCACUCGGUACUGACGUCUGCUCGCUCAAGAUACGCUAUGAGUCCUAUCAGGAUGGAGUGCAGGAGAGGAGUGAGUCUGCCCUACAGGAUGAGUCUCAACUAGGUUUCUUUCCUAGCUUACCUUGCAGUAGAAAAGAGGGGCCAAAAGUGAAACCAGACCAAUCCACUGAGAUUAAGGCUGAUGACCACGUGACCCCCAAUAUUAGCCCAGACAGUAACUUUCUUUUUGACCUCAGCAACUCUCCGGAAGAUUCCGGUGAAUUCAGUGAUGACAGCUCUUGCACAGGCUCCCCAGACCAUGGGCUCUCCCUCCGCCAUGGCUGCUUGUCCAGAGAAAACUCUAGCUACUCCAGCCAGCUAAGCUACCGCCUCCGAGCCAAGAGGAAGGUGGCCUACCGAGAAGACUAUUUGUAUGAUGUGGACUCAAUAGAAAGUGAGAAAAAUGCAGAAAAACGAGAAAAACCGCCUGCUGGGCUUAAGAAAGAGCGUGAUGACGACUGGUGCCCAAAGAAGAGGCGGCGGUCCAGUAGGAAGGACCCACCUGUCAUUAUAAAAUACAUAAUCAUCAAUCGUUUUAAAGGCCAGAGGCACAUGAGAGUGCGUCUGGGACGAGUCGACCCAUCACCCGCUGUGGUCUGUCUGAGUCCAAAUGCUCUGCUUCACUAUGAGAGACUUGCACCAUUAAAAGCAUACUGGCAGGAAAGAGAAAAGGAGCAGCAGGAGCAGAAUAGAUUAACAGCUGCAGAAACAACCAAACGUCUCAAUGGCUGCAAAAGACCAAGCACUACACCCAAACGCAAGCACAGGAUGGCCAGACUCAGGAUCCAGCAGAUCCAUACCGUACAGAAUUCCCUCCCCAGACAAACUAUAGUGGUCCCCAUCCACAAGCAACCAGAGGGGACCGAAUCCCUGAAAAGCACAGAGGAACCAAAAGAGGACAUUACCUCCGUUACACACACUGCCAGGGCUAAAAGCAGAACACAGGAGAGAGAGGAAAGAAGAGAAGCAGGUAAAACAGGGAAGAUAAAGAAGUUCAAAAGUGAAGCAAGACUUCGGUUGAAAAAGUUAAAAGAGGCUGAGACACAGGAAGUCCCAGAAGCCUCUGAGAUUGAGCAGUGCAGCCCAUGUUUACAAGAAAACCUUAGUAACUCUUCGAAAGAUAAUGCCACAGAUGAAGCCUCCAGUAAUGACCCUGAAAAAUGCACUUUGACCCCAACUGCUCCAGGGACUGAUGGAAAUGCUGAACUCCUCCCCGGGGGAUACCUGCAAACUCUUCUCGAAGCCUCUGAGUCAUCAAGCACUGCUAACAUCAACUAUUUCCAUCCAGGGCUACAGAAUCCCACACUUCAGCCAGUCCAGAGCUGUGUUCUCUCUCCUCCCUCUGAAUCAGAGCUGCCUCACUCUCCUCCACCUAUGAACCAUGGGCCCCACCACACGCAUUAUACUGAGCCAAGCCUUACUGAACCAAACCAGUCCAUUUCAUGGCCAUCCGAACCAUCUGCUGAACAGCUGCCCUUCUCCCCAGACAUCCCAACCCAGUCGCCAAUGAUGCCAUCGGGUUUUCCCACACCGUUGCCUGUGUUAGCAGGGGAUAGCACAAAUGUCAAAGGCUUUGGGCAAGUAUCUCUGUCAGGGUGCAGGGUCUCAUAUGAAGAAUCCCAACCUGAUGCUGAUUAUGGCUUGAGUCCGACUGGCUCUCGGAGUGACAGUGGUGUAGGGCGACUGGUUAGCUUUAACUCCCAGGGAUCACUUUCUGCCACCUCCAGCAACUACAGCUCACUCAGCCUGAGAGAGGGAGAAAGGGAGAGGGAAGAGGAGAUUGGUGAGAUCAACGAUGGCUUCUUGCCGCAUUGCAGCCCACGGCUCAUCUUGCAACAAAGUCUAGAGGAGGUUGCUCCACUUCGAGAGUCAACUGACCUCUUAGAUAUCUCCAACUUUACACCUGACAAGUUCCGCCAUUCAUCUCUCUCGGAGAUGUCGCCACCAGACACACCUAACUCUUCCCCUCAACUGCUGGGGAACUGUGGUAAAGUUGGAGAAUUCUCGGAAGCAGCAGAAGCAAACGUACAAUGGAACUGUAGAGUUGUCCCGCAGCUUAAUCAAGACGGAAACCCACACCACCUACAGAUACACUCUUUCAACACGGAGGAGGAAGAAGUAGGGCUAAGGGAUCACAAAGGCUCAACAAAAAAGGGUGGGAAAAACGGACAAAGCACCAAAAAGAGCAAAACUGCUAAAACGGCGAAAGGAGAAAAAGUUAAGCUCCCACGUCAGGGGUCUCGUUCUGUGCGGAAGAUCAAAGCCUUGCUAGAGGGAAAAGCAGCCAAAAGUGGAGGAGGGUCAGGAAGUGGCGCUUCUUCCCCUACCCCAUCGCUUGGCUUAAUUGGAGUUCAGGGGGAGUGGCCUAUUACUGGGGGACUGUCAAACGAUGACCAACGAGAAUUCCAGGAACCAUCGAACAUCCUGUCCAAUAUAGUGUCUGGCAUGGCUGAGGUGCAGCGUUUCAUGAGGGCCUCUGUGGAGCCUCUUUGGGGGCCUUGUCUUUCACCUGGUCAACAUGCCCUCCAGAGCCAGACACUGAAGAUUCUGGGUAGCGCUGCUGACCUUAAAAAGCGGAGUGGUGCCUCAGGCGGAGGUCGAGGGAAGAAAGGGGCUGGGCGUGGUGGUAAAGCACUGCCUAAACUUGUUCCACCAGGCUUCUUUCCUACCCUCGGAUUGGACUGUCUCCCACUUCCACACCGUCCAGCCCACAAAAAAAUGUAUCGUCACAAAAGCAGCGCUAAGUUCUCCCGCGAGGAACUCUUAGCGGGUAAAAGGGACAUAAAAGGAGUAGCACUGACCGCUUUGGUCGAGAAACGGAGCUAUAACACUGUAUGUGUUAAAUCGGUGUCACAGAACCAUGGUUUAGAUCGAGCCCAGCGCCCUGCUCUGUCUCUCAGCAAAUGGUUGCCUUCUGUUCAGGGGUCAAAGGUCAUGUGUAGUAUUCUGUGCUAAGAAUCGUUUCCCCUCAUUUCUGUGCCAACCCCUCAGAACACUGGGCUCUGACAAGCUAAAAGAAAGCUUCUUGACCGAGAUGCUCUUUUUUUCUGAGGUUCUGAAAUUUCACAAGAGAUAUUUUCAUUAUUGUUGUUUGUUUAUAAGUUGUGAGAAGGGGGUUCAUUCAUCUGUUCUCCAGUGAAUCUCCUCCUGCCAGUAUCAAAAUGCUGUUGUACACAAACAUAUGCACUAUUUACAAAACAAGAUUAUAUCAAACAUGUUUAAAUUAAUGUGCCAAACUAUGAACAAUUAAACGUACAGACAUUUUUAUCUACAUAAAUAUUUGCUGUUUUAUAAUGUGGCAGUGAUUGAGGAGCGAGUGUGUGUGUGCUUGGGAUGGGGGAGUUGUUAAUCUGAGAUUCACUCCUGUUGCAUCACAUCUGUACAAACAGCUAGCGGCGAGGAGUCAUCUCAACAAUCAGAAGAAAAAUGUUGUUGGUUUAUUUUCUGUGUUUUACACUCCUGGCUAUUUCAAGAUUAGAGGCAUGAAGUGAGAGAUGCAUGACGAGAAUUUGUGGGAGGAAGCUGAAGUGCUAUAAUGGCAGAGAAAAACAUUGGUUGCCUUUCAUUCUGAUGCAUUUCUAGAUGGUAAAAGAUCACUCUGUUCGUGUGUAACAAGGUAAGAAAAUGAUCAUUCCUUCUUAUAACAAGACAUACAAUGCAUUCUAACUCGUUUACAUCCCCAAGUUUCUAGUUCGGUAAAUAUAUUU